AUGCAUAACCUUUUCGGCUACGAUAGUUCGUUCGAACUGACGGGCUAUUGGCAGAAUCUCUGCCACUAUGACUCUGAAUCGAAAUGGUGCCAGUCUGCACGAAGCCAUUCUGGUGAGAGCCGCCCUUCAGAAGCCAGCAGUGGCUCAAGUGGGAGACCACUUCUUGAAUCUGUAGAGCGGCACCAGGAGUGGUCUGGUGACAUCCACGAGAGAAUUCGAGACUUCGGAUACUCCAGCCAUGGCGUAAACCAUUCUAUGAGUCUAUUACGCACUGCCGAGCUGUACAUCCACCAGCCUCCCACUUCAUCUGGCUCCCGUACUGCGGCCCAGCCCUCCCAGAGUGAUGUAAACCGCAAGUAUAAAGAGCUGGUCCGUCAGCUGCCAUCACAGGCCUGCAUCGACAACCUGGCCCAAACGUUCUUCGCUGAAAUCAACUGGCAGUAUGCCAUAAUUGACGAGGGGUCAUUCAGAGACAGCCUAGCCGCAUGGAAAGAAAUAUCUUACUCGGACCUUCAAGAGGGAUUUGGAAGGUUGGCACUCGAGACCCUUGUAUUUCCGGCGCUACUGUUCCAAAUCCUUUCACAGGCCCUCCUUUUCCAUCCUCCUGAUGAAACGACUGAUAAUCUCAUCACUAUGCCUAAUAUGACCUACCAGGAUCUCGGAUGUGAAUACAGCGAAAGAGGGGCUGACUUGCUCGCACUGUUGGGCAAAAAGGAUAUGACAAUCUCGAUUGUACAAGCUGGUUUACUACGAGCUUCUUUCCUAAAAAGCAGCGGAAGAGUCGUUGAAGCGUGGCAUGUACUUGGGGCAACGAUCCGUGAUGCGCAAGAACUCGGCCUCCAUACCGGGAAGAUUGUUCCAGGUCAGUCGCCAGUGACCUUGAAACGCGGUGAACAUGCUGCUAGCCUCGUGGGCCACAGACUUUGGGUGGUUUUGCACAUCUGGGACAUCCACAUGGCUGUCGUCCUUGGCCGACCGAUUGCCACUAAUCUCCAAAUCGACCGCUUCGCUAUGACUGCUGAGGACGAAAAGGGGAGGGAAAUGUUCUUACAUUGGCAAACCGAAACUGAUCCUCCUCGACCUUUUGAUGUCAUUCUCGCCGGUUAUAAUGUGGCAUAUCGAUAUUUCCAGGACAUUCAUCUGAUAGACAGUAAUGGUGCCAGCCCGCAAGACUACCCCAUCGUUGAAAGAAUCCAUGAGGAGAUCAAGGGAAAUCUUGGACUUCUACCUUCUUGGUGCCGCUUGGAACGUCCAGAUACAAGGUUCGACCAAUUAGACGAGUGUCAAUGGCUCCCUGCUGCUCGAGACGGAUUAUCAUCCCUCAUCCACCUUGUCAUCCUCACACUUCACCGGCCCUUUAUAUUCUCUGUGGCGAGUAGUCGCACAGAGGCUCUCAAAGCCGGGAUAUCCAUUCUCCGGGCACAGGAACGAAUGUUCGAAAACUCAGAGCCACGCCAGCGCAAGGUAUUCAACCCAGUCUAUGCCUCUUUCGAUGCGAUUGUUCUCAUCGCCGCACUUUGUCUGGUCUUCCCAAACGAGAAUCAGGAGCGACAGGCAGAAUGUCUGGAUGUGGUCGCAAAAGGAAUCCAGAGGCUGGGCAUCAUCGGGCAAUCCAACGAUAUGGCUACAGUCGCUCACGGCGUGGUAUGCAGCUUGUACCAUCGCGUAAGGCAUCGUCUCGGCAUGUCUGACACGGUCGAAAAUAAUGGCGCAUAUUUGGCAAAUCCGUAUUCCACACCUCUGCACCGCGAUCCAGAUCUCUCCCGCCGGGCGCCCUCAGAGUUUCCUUUUGAGACCGUCCUACCUCCACGCCCAACACAUGACCUCUUUUUUGAACAAAUCUCAGUACCACAAAUGCCUUUCACAGACGCCACGAAUGAUUUGCCGUCACAUGCGUUUAUAUGUCCUACAGACAGGUGGAACUUGGAAGGUGACUUUGCAGAUGCGAGCUUUUGGAGCCUGCUGAACGAGCUCAACAAUUAA